GGUCUAAUUCCACCACUGCCCAUGAACACUGGCAUUAUUUCAUUUUAUUUCUUUUACACCCUCAGAAUAAAUGCUACCUUGCUGCAUGUUCUUUAUUUCAAGCAGAUCACGUGGCAAAAGCAAAAUUCAGAUCGAGGGAGAGAAAAAAAGAAAUCGCACAGGAUUUGGCCCAGUCUCAAGAAGAAUAUCUGCAUAAAUGAUUGACGACGGAGGAACAACUGCGCACAGCGGCAGUGUGCGGACUUUAGCGUCGCUGCUGCUCUGUGCGCAGAUUAUCGCCCGCUCCUCAGGCAGGGGGCGGGAGAGAGAUAGUGCUGAGCAGACCGGCUGCGCACUGUUGGAAAUGUCCCCCCCACCAUCAUCAUCAUCAUCAUCACCACCACUGCCGCUGCGUAAUCAGGCAGGUCCAGCACUGAGGCGCACCGAGCCACACAGCGCUUCGCUCAUUGAUAAGACUCCUUGGAAGAAGAGCACCGCAAACCACCGUCCUGACUGCGACGCUGCACUGUGAGCUGGACUUUACGGACGCGUCACGGGUAACAGGCUGCGGGGAAGGAGUUCUUUCAAAAAAAAAAAAACCGGGUGAUGUCAGAAAGAAAUCGGGACUCGUCCUUGGAAUAAUUCAAACUUUCCGAGUCUUCCCUGGCAAGUUUUGGGAAGUUGCUUAGAGGAAUGACUUUUGUCGACUCAAUUGAUCAAUUCGCGCUUGUAGCCGAAAGCGCACACUUUUGCGCACACGGGAAGUAAAUAAGACGGAACUUUAUACGCGUUGAAGAAACAGUCGGACGUUCCUUAUCUUUCUUCCUUUUUCUUUUUGAGAAGUGCGCGGUCGGCAGCGCGGUCGCCCUCGCGCGCCUCGCACGCCGCCGCUGCCCGCGGGGACGCUGGUGUGGACGGACCGCGUACGCGCGCGCGCGCGCGGCCCCGCGGGGCCAGCCGCUGUCCCCCCGCGCGCAGUGCUGAGCAGGGAGACACUCUCGCACCUCCAUAAAUGCCCGGUCCGUCGAAGAGGCUCGAGGCUGGGCAGCAAGAUGAGCUCGUGGGUAAAGCUGCUGCUCGUGUCGCUGGCGGCGUGUCUGCGGUUUGGCGUCGCCGAGGGGGACCCUCUGCCUGCAGCCCUGGUGGAGCUGGUUAGAAACAGCCCCAUCUCCUCCAUAGAGGACCUUCAGCUGCUGCUGCUCUCUGACUCCGUAGAUGAGGAUGGAGGGACGUCUGCAGCCAAUGGAGGUCACAGACUGCCAAGGAGCCUCGACGCCCAGCCGGCCCAGCAGGCUCUGUGUAAAGUGCGUACAGAGGUUGUGGAGGUCACCAGGGCCAUGUUGGAUCGCAGCAAUGCCAACUUCAUGCUGUGGCCGCCUUGCGUCGAGGUGCAGCGCUGCUCUGGGUGCUGCAACACCAAGAGUCUGCAGUGUGUCCCUCAUGUGACGCACACCAGAUACUUGCAGGUCAUGAAGAUUGAAUACAUCAAUAAAAGACCCACGUACACCAAAGCGGUGGUGUCCGUGGUGGAUCAUGUCGAGUGCCGAUGUCAGCCUGUGUCACGUCCACCGCUGCCCAAGAAGAAAUCAUCACGCAGACAGCACAGCCACCAGCAUCGAAACCAGACCCUCAGCCAGGAGCAGGCACACGGACAGGUCAAGAUGCACUCCAAGGAUGAGCUCCAUCAGUGGGAUGAGCUGAAACAGAACCAGAGGGCCCACCUGGAGGACCUCCUGGAGCAGCACUGGAGCCCCAGAGGAGACACCUUCACUCAGCCCGGGGAGGGGUACAGUCUGACCGGGGAGGAUAUUCUCUUUGCUCCAAACUGGACACAUAACUCCAGCAGGCUCCACGGGACCGCGGACCAAUCUGAGAAUCCAGAGAACGCGGAGGGGAAGGACGGGGGCAUCUCGGAUGGCAACAAGACAGUUUCCUCGGUGGAUAAUGUUGGCGUGGAGGUAAAGGACAAGUUGGUAGUAGGUGGGAAGGAGUUACCGCUCAACAGCACUGACGGAAAGGCUAAUGAGGGAAACAGGAGCAGAGACAGAGGCACAGAGACACACGUCCCAUUAUUGCAUGAAGACAAAUUUACAAAAAGUCACAGGAGUGGUGUCUCUCAGCCUGUUACUGAGAAUCCUCCCGUCAAACCCAGGCCUACCGAGGAAGCCACUGGCGAGAGAGGCGGGCGCAGGUUCCGACCGACAAAAGAGCCCAAUCCCGAGUCUCGAGAGCUCCCGAGGCGGAGGGACAACGAGACUCCGGAGGAAGAGAGGAUAUUACAGAUGGAAGAGGCCAAAGUGGAGGAGGAGAGAAAAGAGCUCCUGCUCCUCCACAAGAGGUUGGACCAAGAGAAGGAGAUACUGAGACAGCAGCAGAUGAAAAGAGAAGAGGAGGAGAGGCAGAAGGAAAAGGGGGCAGAUGGUCGACAACACCUGCAUGGUAAACAUCCUCAUCUGCACACAACAACGCAGAAACCAGAGACAACGACGUCCACGACCACCACGCGGCAGCCCUCGGCUCCUGCAGGCCCCAGACCCCCAGCUCGCCCGAACCACACGAAGCGAAGGAUGAGGAAGAAUCGCAAACGGAUCAGCAAGGCAGCUAUGAGGGCAAUGCUAAUGUAGAACUACAAUGAACCCCCAGGGACACAGUGUGGAUAAUGGAGAGGUGAAGCAGAGUGACUCCCUUCAUCCAAGUAUUCAUUCAUUCGUCCAGUAACCUGCUCGUCCCGUGAGAUCUCCUCAGUAACACUACUAAUGACUGUAAUUACACCUGGAAGGAGUGAGAGGAGGGUGAGAGGAAAAUGGAAUACAACUAAAAGGUGGACCUUUUUUUUUUUUUUUUUCUUGAAGAGAAGACUUGCCUCUACUACGACAGUUGCCCGUGUGAAGUGACAAGACUGACAAAGUGUGCGCGAGCACAACACGUCUGGGGGACUGAAACUGCAUCGCUGUAGAACUGUGGACUGUUAGUGCAAUUUUAAAAGCUCCACUCGGAAACCAAGUUUUGAUAUCAAAAGGGAGAAACUGCACUUAUUGACAAAAAAACGGGGUCCGCGCGGGGUUUGAAUGACGAAGUUCGUUGCUGAAAGGCCCAACUCGGUGCGAGCGACGGUCGGACUGGACUACGACGUGCGUUUUGGCGGAGAAAUGGACACGACUCUUCUGCGUCAUGAAAGAAUCUGUUGUAUUGUAAUUGGAUAAUCUCAGAGACAAUCACUCAAUAGACUGCAACGACAACUAAUGCCGACUGAACUGACCAAUAUUUACACGUUGUGAUACGACUCACAUAAUCAGCGCUCAGUGUUGACCAUGGUGGGAAAAUGAAGCUGUGUAGAUUUAUGUACCAAGGCCUGAUAUCAUUUAUUAGCUCAUUAAAAACAGCGAUGGUCCCUCUUUAACCAUAUUUAAUUAUAUUUAACUCACUGCAAACACUGGAAUUACACAGAUGUGAUAAGAGGUCAAAGACAUAAAAUGUUGUGUGAGUUUUCUUUGUUUCAAAAUCUCCUCACAGGUGUAAAGGAAAACAGAACAGUAUAGCGUCACACCUGUGGCCUGACCGUGUGCUAUGUUUCUUAUUUAUUUUUUCUCUACCAUUACUGUGGAUUAACCCUCUGUAGAAAUACUGCAAACAAGUUGUCGCUGAGCUACAUACAGACGGCUGGGUGGUUCAAUCAGAAUCAAUGUACAAGUAAAAAGGAAAAACAAAAAAAAAGACGGAGGUCUUCUGUAACCUGCCAGUACCAUGCAGUGUUUAACUUCUGUGUCCAAAAAGUGUGUGCACUUGUGUUUGUCGUGGUGUAGUGUGAGUAUCGGUCUUGUGCCCACACCCACACUUCUGUCAUGCGUCUCAAUACUCACGUAGAAAGAAGCAUGUACAAUAUCUGUCACUUUCUCUCUUUGACAGAGAGAUGUCUUUCUUUUUAAGAGUUGAGUGAUACGGGGAUGACGUGUUUUUUGCAUCAGUCUGGUUCCCUCCACAAAACAGCCAAUGGCAAUUUCCCGAGACAUUGGGAUUAUUGCAGAAAGCUCAUACAGUAAAAAAAAAAAUCGGUAGAAGUAAAAAGCUUGAACGAAGUGCACCACUGUCGAAUGACUACAACAUCACCAUCACCAAGCUUCCAACUUGUAAUUUGAAUAGGUGCGCUUAACGUUUUUGCAGCAGGACUUAGAAAACUAUUGUUUGGCAGGGUUCAAAUUCAACGAGGCGGACAACUGAGUAGAUUGGUUUUCUUGUUCCAGUGAGAGGAUCUUCAUUGUCCCCGACAAACUCGGUAGUGUCAUUCAGCCAUUUGGUGGCAUCCACCUUCUAAAAGACAGGUUAAAGGUUAAAAAAACAAAAAUCACAAGCGGUGUAUUCAGAGAUUUAUUUUAUGUCGUAGAAUAAAAUGUGAAAAUGUCUUGAGCUUUUUUUUUUUAACCAUAGACCUUAUUUCAGGCGUCCAACCUAAAAAAACAACAACAACAAAAUCAUGACUUCGGCAUGAGGGAACCAGAAGUGCAAAAAUGAUUUGAUUUCCAGUUGUCAGGACUCCUUCGUCCAGCUCUCGAUUACGCUUCGGUCGAACAAACGCUCACUUUCCUUUUAAACUCUGGAAGGGAAAGAAACAUCGACAACACAUGUCGUCGAACUGCCCCUGUAGUUGUUGUAUUACUCUAACACACAGGAAAUUGAAAAGUAAAAAGAAAGACAGAAAAUAGCCAAACAGCAAAAGAAGAUAUUGUUUUUAUAUCUUUCCAUUUGAAACACCACGUAGAAGCACACUGGUGAUGCCAUUUUGUGUCCAAUAAUCAAUAAGACGCCAAAAACAUUGUUAAGUUAUUGAAAAACAUGGCUUGUAUGUCUUUUGUGUCAAUUUACAUCUGUUACUGAUUUUGUCUGUUUUAUUAUGAGAUAUGAUGGGGAAAAAAGGGAUGUGAUAACGUUGCCAUCUAAUGCUAUUUUCAUAUGGGUAUAAGAAGCUAAUGUGCUCAAAUCUACUUUUGUGUUUUGUGUUUUUAUAAAUUUUUACCAUUUUUCUUAUGGAUUUUCCUUCUCAAAGGCCAAUGUUUUAUUAUGAAAUGUGCAACCGGGGCCCAAAACUGGUGAACGGAGGACAAAUGACACAAAACUGAUUCGAAGACUAAAGGCUAAUUUGUGCUUUCCGCGUCCAUGUGAGGUGAAUUUUGACAUCUGCCCAAGUCUGGGUGGUUCCUGUGUGGACGUUGGCAUGAAAUCCAAAACUGUGUAGUCGCCAUAGUAGACCGGACGCUCAAUUCACGCACCGUAUGCACUGUAUGUAUGUACUUUUUCAUGUUGUUCAGCCAAAUACGGAGAACAAAUUUCUUACUGUCAGGAAGUUGCCAUCAUGUUUUUUUUAAGUGGAGUGUGUUUUCCCCACAAACACCGCAAUUGUGAAUCAAAGCGCCAAUAAAAGUGUCAAAUGGAAACCUUGCGCUGGCGUCAUCAUAGACUCAGUUGCACAGAUGCACAGCAGUGUUUCAAGCUCAAUGGUAUACGGUGACAUUUUGUGACAUCACGAGCUCGGACUUCCUCGCCACAUUGUGAGCUCCGGUGGAUUAAUUCACUAAGCCUGCUUGGUAUCUUGCUUCCACACCGUGCAUCUUCAUAUCUGCAGAGGCGGCGAAUCGACUCCUUGCUUGUAUCGAGUGUCAUUCCCAGCGAUGUGCAGUGGGGUGUGUUCAGUGUGACGAAAAGAGACAGAAAAGAAAUAGUGCGGGGUUGAUGUCCUGUCGGUGAACUCCAGCACACUCUCCUCUCUGUGGUGCGUUGUUCUCAUUUACCCACUCGACUCUUGGCUGCAGGAGCUCCGACUCAGCAGGCGGCUGAAUAGCUGUGUCUGCUAAUCAUCGAGUCACCUGCUCGCCUCUCUAACUGGAAUCAUACGCCGAAUGGCUGUGAAGCGCACUGAGCGCUAAUGUUCCCACGUUUUUAACCGUGGUGUGGAUGUGAUCACGGCCUUAACACAUUUUGGGCUUAAAACGCCUCGUUCAUUUUCUUUGUAAGAUUCGCAUACAUAGCCAGGUUCCCAUAUGACUGUAACUGUCAGCGUCUGUGUCUCACCCUUAAUCCCCCUGUCUGUGACCCCUUUAAACUCUGUGUUUAUUCCGGUGUUCAUGAAUUUCCUGCCGCUGCCCUACUGCCAAUCUCACACACAUGUCCUACCUCUAAACAGCAGACUAUCUCCAAAUUCAGCAUCAAGGUGGGAUCCCUGUUUUACCGUGGGUGUCCCCCCCCACCCCCCACCCCCCCACGGGCUUCAAACAAAAGUGGGGAAGAGAUGUGCGUGGAGACUUGUUGACUGUAACAAACACACACCGGCAUGCUCGCACCCAUCCAAACACACAGGGGUCAACCACCAUGACGGUGUGGGAGUGUCUGUGAGGGACCAGUGACUGUGACUAAGGACACGGGAUGGUUCAUAGCUGACUGACUGACCUUAAAGGGAGUUAUGGCUUGUUGGGUCUCAACAACAGUGUUACCUAACCAGCAAACGUCCAUCGGAACAGUGUAAUGACUCAUCAUGGACAGAGCCCGAUGAACAUUUUAGCAAAGACCGUGCUCAAAUGAAGUUAGUUCAAAUCCAAUCCUGUUAAAUUAAAUGCGAUUUACAGCGAUUUAUCUGUUCUUUGGGGUGCCAUGAUCAUGGAACUCAAGCUGAGGGAAGGAGCAGGGGUUUAGCAGCAGUCACUGAAUUCACCCAAGGAACCCAGUAUUGAUUGCAACAAAGGCCCAAAGGACCGUCUCUGUUCUCUGUGUACUAUCAGGUAAUGUCAGCUGCUGUGUUUGGAACCCUCUCUGAAACAACGCUUUUUGUUUGCAUGCAAAUUCUUUAUCCGGUCAAAAUAAACAUGGUUAAAUAAAUAUGAAAUUGCAAAUGGACCAAA